GUGUAGAACCCUGCCUUCCUCAAAGCAGGCCAAUCGAAGGCGAUGGGCCUUGGACCCCAUACGAGAGUACUCUUCUUCGUGUCGGGCUUCACGUCGAUGAUGGCGUAUUGGUCGUCGAAGAAGAAGAAUGCGAGCCCGGGUGAGCUGGGGUGUAUGAAUGCAGCACGAGAUUUCAGAGCGAUUUCCGUGUACCCUGAGGCAGCGAUCUAUACCUGGACACGUCUAUUUCCCAGAAAAGUUGUCUGGCUUGCCUUCAUUCACGGAGACGAACAAGUCAUCUGGACGGCUCUGAAAUGCCGCGGCGAAGACACCUUACCUGAUCUAUAUAGGACAUACAGAUACUCUUUGGAACCAUGUGUAGUACUUGUUUUGACAAUAUGAAGCGUUGAACGUUUGAAGAUCGAAGCGGUUGGAUGAAUACAAUUAGAUGAAUGACUAUCACGUUCGAUCUCUUUUCUCUACACACUCAGCAUUUCUUCACGAGAGGCCAAUGUUGUCAUUUUCAGA